UACCUUCUCGAGCCUCUCAUCAAUUCAAAGUUUUUAACAUGUUCAAGCAUAAAAAUCAUUCUUCUUGGUUUUUUUGGAUGCGCUUAAACUUUUAAUUUCGGUGUUAAUUUUGAUGAAUUAUAAAGAACAUAUCUCCAUCUUAAUUAUCAACCCUUACUGUAUCCAUGAUUCACUGGUCAAGAAACAAAGCUCUUUGCAAUUCAAACACGAAUUAGUACGGUUUAGCAGUCUAAACCUAAACCGGAAACGGUUUAAAACGUAGAGGUCGUUAAAACGAUGUCGUGUUGAGCUCCACCCCGUCACGUGGCACGCAUUCUGAGAAGGAUAUGAACCGUUAAGACCCGACUCAAACCGACCCGACCCGACCUUUAUCAUGAGAGUUGCAAUCUCGUCAUGAUCACAUCGAUUCUGUUUGAUCUCGAAUCUCCUAAUGGUUGGGGAAGUAGAUUCGAACGGGCCACAAACCGUCGUUGACGGAGGAGGAGGAGAGGUGGUUCCUGUGAACGUGAGGUGCACCAACGGCUCCAAAUUCAUCGUGAGAACGAGCCUUGAAUCAACCGUAGAGUCUUUCAAAGCUCUGGUAGCUCAGAACUGCGACGUCCCAGCUAACCAGCAGCGCUUGAUUUACAAGGGACGCAUCCUCAAAGAUGAUCACACGCUCCUUAGCUAUGGCUUACAGGCGGAUCACGCUCUUCAUAUGGUUCGAGGCUCUGCACCUCCUGGGAGCCAAACUACUGCACCCAGUGUUACUCGAGGGGUUGCCUCAAACACUGGAGGAGAAUCUUUGUUUGGAUAUAACCCUUUAGCUAGUGGGCUGUUUGGAGCUGCUGGACUUCCGGAUCUCGAGCAAGCACAGCAGCAGCUAGCUCAGAACCCAAACAUGGUUCAAGACAUGAUGAACGCACCAGCAAUUCAGAACAUUAUGAACAACCCCGAGCUAAUGAGGACUUUGAUAAUGAGCAACCCUCAGAUGCGCGAGCUUGUGGAUCGCAACCCUGAGCUUGGCCAUAUACUCAACGACCCGAGCGUCCUUAGGCAGAGCUUGGAAGCUGCGAGGAACCCUGAGCUUAUGCGUGAGAUGACGCGGAGUACUGAUAGGGCGAUGAGUAAUAUUGAAGCUACCCCUGAGGGGUUUAACAUGCUUAGGAGGAUGUAUGAGAAUGUCCAGGAACCGUUGAUGAACGCUACAACAAUGUCAGGGAAUGCUGGAAACAAUGUCGAUGCUUCUAACAGUCUCAUGACAACCAAUGCUGAAACAGGCACAGGGAAUGAUGUGCCGAAUACAAACCCACUUCCAAAUCCUUGGGGUGCUGCAGGCCAGACAACUACUUCUGGGAGGACGAAUUCAGGUGGGGAUACUAGAGCCCCAGGCCUUGGUGGACUAGGCAUGCUAGGUGGGGAUCCAAUGAUCAUGAGUCUCAACCCACAACUCCAAAGCUUGAUGGAUUCAAGUCCUCAGGUGAGGGAGAUGAUGCAGAAUCCGGAGUUCCUUCGUAUGCUUAGCUCCCCAGAGACAAUGCAGCAAAUGAUGAGUCUGCAGCAAUCACUUUUAUCUGGAAAUAGGAGUACUACCACAGUACCUCCUGAGGAGCUAUACGCCACACAGUUGCAACAGCUAGAGGAAAUGGGAUUCUUUGACAGAGCAGAUAACAUUAGGGCGUUGCGUGCAACGAACGGCAACGUUAACGCUGCUGUAGAAAGACUCUUGGGGAGUAUCGGCCAGUGACUUCUCACACAAUCUACCUCAAAAAAACUUUUUCUAACUUUCCCUUCCAAUGUAUAGACACUUUGACUAACUUCUCUUUGAAAUUGUUAUUUGGUCUGGUAAUGUCGAUUUAUUAUACUUUUUUUGGUUGGAUUUAAAAAUAAAAUGGAAAGUUAAUUUGAACA